AUGAAUGCCCCUCCCUGUGUUCCCACUGAGCGCAGACCCAUUUUAACUGUCAAGACGCUGAAGAACUGGGUGCUUCCGCCCAGGCCAAAGAAUGCCAGAAGGGCUCGUCUGGAGAAGAAAAAGGAUAAAGACAAGAAAGAGAAACCUCCUGUGGCUCCCCAGACCCAACCGCCGGCUUCUUCGGCUCCACAACUGGCUCCAUCUCCCGUGCAACUAAAACCUCAGAAGAGGGCCUCUUUGACAGAGCCUUCAAUUGCAUCCAAACCUUCAUCUCUGGCGCCAGCGCCAGCUCCAGUUACUGCUCCCGCUUCGAAUCCGGCCCCAGUUCCAACCACAGCUCCAACGCUGAAGUCUAAAUCAGAACCUUUGCUGCUGGGCCCUCUGGCCGCUGAACUUUCCUCCUCCAUCGGUAACUUGGAUAAGGAAAACUACCAACUCAAGAUCAAAUUGCUUUCGCUUAUUCAUGACUACAAAAGACUCAAAUCCCACCUUAUGCUGUCGCCAAUGGAUCCGGAUCUGCCGGCAUUGGUCGAUGCUGACAGCCCUAGCUCCACCUCCCGCAAGCGGGUGUUUACGGAAGUGAACGAUCCCAUGAAUGAACUCAUAUCUAAUAUGAAUCACCUUUCGUAUAGAUCGCCUUCUGACUUGAGUAUACCGGAAGAGCAAGAGUUGAUUGUGGAACUGCCGGAAGACGCUGCUCUUGACGUGUUCAACUAUGUCAACUUAUCUGACCUGGAAGACGAAGACGACGACGAAUACGAAUCUACGCUGUUAUCGAGACUGGUUUCCCCCGGCUGUUCCGAAACUGAUGGUGAGAGCCUGCUCAUGACAUCCCUUACCAGAUCCACCACUGUUUCCACCAACAACCUGAGCAUGGCCAACGAGAAGAAACCCAAUAUGUUUAAGUUUUAUGACUUGCCAGCAUACCUGGACAGCGAGUAUGGCUUCUCUUUCGAACCAAUUGAUCCACAGGACAAAAUGCUUUCUGUGAUUGAAGAGGACCACUACAACCAGGUUGCAGACUUUUUAGAAGAGAAACUCUUAAGCAACGACGUUGAGUACUACGUUGAAAAAGAAGUACACUAG